GGGCUCAGCUUGUGUGUUUUUUUCUUUGGGCUUCUCCCUCCUGGAAUAUAAAUAUGGGACUACGUUCCCCUUCCCCAUCACCCAGCGAUAAACAGUCCCCGCAGCAAGCAACUGCAAUCCCACACGGCCAAAGCAUCAGAAAUAGGAAGCAAUUUGAGAAUAUAAAUACUCCGACUUCCAACUACAAUCAAAUACUAUGGAGUACGGACUUGAUCUCGAUUGGUGCAUGGCCGGCUGCGGCCGCCAUACUCAGAACGGUGCACUCUACUGCUCGUCAACUUGCCUAGAACACGAAUCACGCACAACACGGGUAGCCAACCCAUUUUCGAUACCAUCGUCCGCAUACCCAGAAGAGCGCCGUGCCUCGUUUCAAAGCGAUAGCUCCUUUGAUUUGCACACAUAUUCGCACGCCGCCAACAACCAUCACUCACAACACCUCAACUCUGGACGCACAAUACCUCGGCCUACAUCGCCCCGUCCAGAAUCUCCGACUGCGCUACUGCCCUUUCGGAAUCGAGGUGGAUUGAAUUACUCGCUGGCUCGUCCACCGUCCCCGCAUUCGCCGCCUCAAAAUGUGGGACAUUGGGGCGUAUGGGAUUCUUCAUAGAAAGGAGAAGCGGGAAAGUAGGAAUCUUAUACCAAAUUUCUUUUGUUUUAUAUGCCAAUUUAUUCGCUCUAUCAAAAGUCGUGAGGUCCGAGUUGGCUUUUAUUAGAAAAAAACAACAUUGCUAUUGCAAUGGCCUUUUGUGUAUAUUGAAAAAUCUUAAUAAUAAUGUGUAUAUAGCUGGUAUUUCUUUUGCAAGUCUAGACGUAUUUGAAUUGUUUGUAAGGACAUUAUCCGUCGCUACCUGCUUGUUCUAACCAUUUAGAGACUCAUUGGCCAGUCGGUCCGGCGCCCCCUUCCUAAAGGGUGUUGAUAUCCGUCAGGUGCUGCGUCC